GUUAGUCCGUACUCUGUAGAUCACAUCGUACUUUCAGACAAAAACAACCGUCGCCGUAGUAGUUCCGACCUCCGAUGGCUUAAAUUCCAUGGCUGAAGAAAAAUUCAGUGGUUUCAGGUUAGGAAUCGCCAUUAGUGACAAUCCACGUAGGUCGUGUAAGAGAAGCCCAAUUUUUGUUCAGAUCAUCAUCGUUGUUAUCAAUUUACUGCAUUUCUCAAUUGCCCCUUUCAGCUUGAACCUUGACGACAAUCUACAUCUGCAGCGGUGGCUCACGGCGGCUGUCGUGGUGGCAGGUGGUAGUUGCAGCUAGGCAACCAAUAGAAAGACUUGGGCCUUAGAUGUUCUUUACCCAAACUCAAUUUGGAAUUUGGAUAGAGAUGUCCCACAUUACACUAACAGAAACGAGUGGACAACAAACAGGCACAAAUUUGCAACACCACAUCAGGUGUCAGAGAGAAGAUGGCCUCAAACCUUGUUCACGGCGUUUAUCAACACCACCGCCGCCUGAUACCACCGCAUCAAUGUUUUAACUUCCACCAUGGUCGGACCUCCAUUAACGUGAACACCGUAUCCUCAAAUCUGAAGCAGUUCAUUACGCUGCGUAGGCAAAUUAGGGUUCCGAGAUCACCUCCGGUUAUCCGUAGAUUCACCACUAUUUCUGCAUCACUUGAUCUAACCGAAGACAAUGUCAAGCUCGUUUUAGACGACGCUAGAACAAAGUUUUCACACUUAUUCGAUGCAUCAGUAGGAAUGACAGGAGUUGCAGAACUAGCUGAAGUAGAUGGACCAUUUGUGAAGAUUAGACUCAAAGGUCGAUUCUGGCAUGAACGUUCUCUUGUUUUAGCUAGACUUGGAAACUAUCUGAAAGAGAGGAUUCCAAUAUUGGAGGUGGACAUUGAAGAUGAGAAGCAAUUAGAUGAUAGCCCUGAAAACUUUUGAGCUUUUGGAUUUACAAAUCAAGAUUCAUGAAUGAAUAUCACAAAACCACAAUGUUGUAACUUGUAAGCAUUCAUCUGAUUAGCAACUAAGAUACAUCUUUUCAAUUUCAUAUAUGAAAUGCAUUCAUAAAUACAAAUAAUACACAACAAAAUUAU